GAUCCCCCGUGUAAGAGUGAGGAGGAGGAGGACAUACCAGGAGAUGUCAUCACAGCAGAAAAUCCCAGUACAAAUUCUGAAGGAAAUUUGUUGUCACUAAAUUAUAAAGUAGAAGAUGAAGAUAUGCAGCGCUCUUCAGGAGAAAAUAUUAAUGUACAUCCAGGACUUCACAGUACAUAUAAUCUUUCUAAUCAUGAGGAACUUUCUCUUGACCAGAAAGAGGGUGAAAUGUUUCACUGUGGUAAAGAGUUCACAAAAAGAUCAAGUCUUUCUACAUAUAGAAGAAUUUGCACCGGAGAGAAGCCAUACUCCUGUUCAGAAUGGGGGGAGUGCUUUACAGAUAAAACACAUCUUGUUAGACAUAAAAAAAGCCACAUAGGAGAGAUGUUUAAGUGUUCAGAAUGUGGACAAGGUUUUAAAAUCAAAUAUAAUCUUAUUAUACAUGAGAGAAUUCACACAGGAGAGAAACCAUUUUCAUGUUCAGAAUGUGGGAAAUGUUUUACUAAUAAAUCAAAUCUAGUUAUACAUGAGAGAAGUCACACAGGACAGAAGCCAUAUUCAUGUUCAGAAUGUGGGAAAUGUUUUACUAAUAAAUCAAAUCUAGUUAUACAUGAGAGGAGAAAUCACACAGGAGAGAAGCCAUAUUCAUGUUCAGAAUGUGGGAAAUGUUUUACACAAAAAUCAGAUCUUGUUAGACAUGAGAGACAUCACACAGGAGAGAAGCCAUAUUCAUGUUCAGAAUGUGGGAAAUGUUUUACACAAAAAUCAAAUCUAGUUAUGCAUGAGAGAAAUCACACAGGAGAGAAGCCAUAUUCGUGUUCAGAAUGUGGGAUAUGUUUUAAAGAUCAAUUAGGUCUUGUUAGACAUAAGAGAAGAAGUCACACAGGAGAGAAGCCAUAUUCGUGUUCAGAAUGUGGGAAUUGUUUUACAAAUAAAUGGAAUCUAGUUAUACAUGAGAGAACUCACACAGGAGAGAAGCCAUAUUCAUGUUCAGAAUGUGGGAAAUGUUUUACACAAAAAUCCAAUCUAGUUAUACAUGAGAGAAGUCACACAGGAGGGAAGCCAUAUUCGUGUUCAGAAUGUGGGAAAUGUUUUACAAUUAAAUCAAAUCUAGGUAAACAUGAGAGAACUCACACAGGAGAGAAGCCAUAUUCCUGUUCAGAAUGUGGGAAAUGUUUUACACAAAAAUCUGAUCUUGUUAGACAUAAGAGAAGUCACACAAAAGAGAAGCCAUAUUCGUGUUCAGAAUGUGGGAAAUGUUUUACACAAAAAUCAUAUCUAGUUAUACAUGAGAGAAGUCACACAGGAGAGAAGCCGUUUUCGUGUUCAGAAUGUGGGAAAGGCUUUAAAAUCAAAUCACAUCUUGUUAUACAUGAGAGAAUUCACACAGGAGAGAAACCAUUUUCAUGUUCAGAAUGUGGGAAAUGCUUUAGAAAGAAAUCAAAUCUAGUUAUACACAAGAGAACUCACACAGGAGAGAAGCCAUAUUCAUGUUCAGAAUGUGGGAAAUGUUUUACACAAAAAUCUAAUCUUGUCACACAUCAGAGAAGUCACGCAGGAGCAAAUUUAUGAAAUCAGCAGAUUCCAUUUGGGUACAAAUAAAUUCAAACCAAAGUGAGAGUGCUCAGAUUGCCCUAAUAAAUUGUGAAUGACAUUCUGAAGUCUUGUAGGGUUUUAACGUCAAGGCAGCAUUGGCAGUCUUAAAGUGGCAGUGAAAUAUAUAGAUAUGGAUAACAGACGGUGGCCGGUGGUAAUAAGCAAACUGUUUAACAACACAUUGCUCUUUUGGCUUUGUUAUGCUUUUUAACCACUUUAAGGACCACAGGUUUAUACCCCCCUAGUGACCAGGCCCUUUUUUUUACAAAUCGGCACUCCACAACUUUAACAGUUUAUUGCUCGGU